CCGUUUAAAAUAAUAUUUGAAUUUCACGGGUGCAACAGUCUGUAGUUUGGCGUCUCAAGUGUUAAUGUUUUAUAUUUAACGUUAGCCAUGAGAGCUAACGGUAAGUUAGUUUGCUAAGGUUAGCCCGCUAAACAGCAAGCUAGGUCAAGUAACGUUUGCUUGGAAGUUGGUCCAUGCUAACGCCAGCUCCGUGAACCAACUCAGUUGUUUUGCCUAAACGUGUGGUUGGACUUUUAAUCCUGAACUUUAGAGUUCACCUGCUGCAAACUAGUGUUAACUUAGCCGGUGGCACGUGCAACCGCACCGUUGUCUAGCCUGGCGUGUAACAGCAUCCUCCAGCCUCCAACUUUGUCGAUAUUGUGCUCUGAGCUCACGGCAGCUGAUUAGCUGGGAUGUUGGGAUUUGAGCGAUUCUCAUCGGUCCCCACAUUCUGCUGCAAAGGAGAGAGCACCAGGAUGAGGAGACUGUAGGCACCCGCCGUAGUAUGGCCGCGUCCCGUUCCUCACGCGUCACAAGGUCGUCAGUGGGGCUCAAUGGAUUGGAUGAGAACUUUUGUGGUCGAACCCUCAGGAACCGCAGCAUUGCCCAGCCAGAAGAGACCUCAGUGUCUCCGCUACCUAGGGCCCGCUCCCCCAAGAAGAAGCAGGACGCCAAGCAGGAGUCGAAGCAGGACACCAAGCAGGAGUCGAAGCAGGAGUCGAAGCAGGAGUCGAAGCAGGACGCCAAGCAGGAGUCGAGGCAGGAGUCCAAGCAGGACGGCAAACAGGAGUCGCGGCAGGAGUCCAAGCAGGACGGAAAGCAGGACUCGAAGCAAGACUCGAAGCAGGACGCCAAGCAGGACGCCAAGCAGGACUCAAAGCAAGACUCAAAGCAAGACUUUAAGCAGGAGUCAAAGCAGGAUGCCAAGGAGGACAUCCAGCAAGAUGGCCACCAGCAGGUCUCGUUGCAGGGGAAGUUAACUGACUUAAAUGCUUCUCCUGCUGAGGCGGUGCAAUGGACCAGCUCCAGGAAGCGGGGCGUGUCCUAUUUAGAAAAAGACAUUAGUUCCGAGAAGUCAGAGAACUGUGAUAGAGGAAAGGUGGUGAGAGAUGCCUGUCCUCAACUCAAAAGGGCCAAGCGUUGCUCCCGCUCUGGAGAGUCUCAGGGACACGAUGAGGACCCUGAGCUUUUGAAACCUGAAAGUCCAGUCUCUGUCCCAGAGCCUAGCAAGGACAACAGUUGUGAAGAAUUUCCCAGCCAAAACUCUGCUAACACAGAUCCUGCCUCACCUGUCAGUAAAGAGGAAGGUGAGCUGACAGUCGAAAAGGCAGAGGAUGGUUAUGUGGAGUGUGAUGGGGCAGCUCAGCCCCCGAAUGCUCACAAGGCCUCUAAUGGACUCAGAGAAAAUAAAGCAGAGGAACAUAGCACACUCACUGAAGAGCCUGGUGCAAAUCCAACCUCUGUCACUAACUGCCCGUCGCUGCUCAAUGGUAGUCAGACAGGGGCUCCCUCAUCCCCUGACCCCGCUGUGCCUUGUAGAAACUCUGUCCCUGUGCAGAUGGAGGUCUCUGGCUCAGGGGAAUCGCCAGCCUCAUUUGCAGCAACAUUUGAGGCUGUUCAGGAGGAUCCUGUCCCUGAGUUGAUAGUGGCCAAGGAGCAGGAGGUGGAGGAGAUGGAGGUUGAUGUGGUGGGCGACACGUUGUGUCUGGCCCACGAGGAACAGGUGACGGAGAGUGAGAUCGAUACUAAUGGUCGGCCGCUUACACCGGUACAGGAACCUGCUGCCUCCACCUCCUCCACUACCCCUAACAUGAACAGUAGUCCAGUCAACAACAACAGCAACUCAGGAGAAACUACACCCCCACUAGCAACAACCCCCACCCCCACAGAGCCAGGUUGCAACCCCUCAAUAUCCAGCACGCCCCCCUCAUUCACAGAGCUCUACGAACACAGAUACACCCUACGGACUUCACCCAGGAGGGCUGCCACUGGUGGCAAGGCCUCCUCCUCCAAGCUCAGCUCUCCUCCCAGAGACAAUGGUCCCUUGAGGGAAGAGGGGGAGGUGGUGGUUGGGCUGGAGGAGGACUGUCCUAUGGUGGAGGGACAGGCUCCUACAGACUCUGUUGGCCCCUCCAGUGAGGAGCCGGUCUCCGUGGAUCCUGGGGACAGGGCAGGUGGUGAGGAAGUUGUGGAGGGCAAAGAGGCUGAGGGAAGCAAGGAGCUGACACAGAGCCAGGCUGCAGAGGAGGAGGAGGAAGAGGAGGAGCCCGAUGUGUAUUACUUUGAGUCGGACCACCUGGCUCUUAAACACAACAAAGAUUAUCAGAGGCUGCUGCAGACCAUCGGAGUUCUUGAGGCCCAGCGCACGCAGGCCAUCCUGGACCUGGAGACUUUGGCACGUCACCAGAGAGAGGCGCUCGCAGAUCCCAUCAGCUUUGUGGAGCAGCUGCAGAAACGGGUGAAUUUAGGCUUGCCGUGUCCUCAGCGAGUGGUCCAGCUCCCCGACAUCGCAUGGGAGCAGUACACCUCAGGCCUCGGUGACUUUGAGAGAGAGUUCUGUGACAAGAAACGCAAAACCAGGCGACUGAAGCUGAUCUUCGACAAAGGUUUGCCUGAUCGACCAAAAAGUCCCGCGGAGCCCAAGAAGGAAGGAGAAUCCUCCACCAUGUACUCCUCUCUGCCCACUAGUGACGCUCCAGAGAAUGGCAGGCAGACACAGAUGAUCAGGGGGAGGAUUUGUCACCCAAACAAGUCUGACACAUUUAACCAGCUGUGGACUGUGGAGGAACAGAAAAAACUGGAGCAGCUUCUUGUCAAGUUCCCUCCUGAGGAAGUCGAGUCCAGAAGAUGGCAGAAGAUUGCGGAUGAGCUGGGCAAUCGAACAGCAAAACAGGUUGCCAGUAGGGUUCAAAAGUACUUCAUCAAACUGACAAAAGCUGGUAUCCCUGUGCCCGGAAGAACACCCAACCUGUGCAUGUACACUAAAAAGGCAUCCAGUAAGAGGCAGCACCACCUUAACAAGCAUCUGUACCGGCCGUCUACUUUCCUGACCUCCUAUGAGCCUCCGGUCUACAUGGAUGAAGAAGAUGAGCGCUCGGCGUAUUACAGCAGCGUGCAGGACCCCUCUGCUGAUGACUCGGAUGAGGAGGCAAUUCCUGUGGAGUUGAGAGAUUUGCCAGAGUACAAAGAGCUUUUAGAGCUGAAGCGGCUGAAAAAGCAGACGCUCCAGGAGAUCCGAGAGGACAAGGUCGGGGUGCGACACGUCGGCUACAAGUGUGACGUCUGCGGCAUGGAGCCCAUCCAGGGAGUACGAUGGCACUGUCAGGAUUGUCCGCAGGACAACUCAGUCGAUUUCUGCUCCAACUGCUCUGACUGCUUGUUCAAGACAGAGACCCACAAGCCUAACCACCACUUGGAACCGGUGCACCAGCCAGACACCUUUCUGGACAGGGACUACUGCCUGCCGCAGAGCACAGGCUACAACUACCUGGACCCUAACUACUUUCCAGCCAACAGAUGACAGGGUCCCAGGCGCCUCUAGCUCCAGGCUCUCUCCACAUAUCCCACAGGCCACUCUGUGCAUGGCUCCAUCCUCCAAGUCCAAGAUAACCGCUUAACCCGCCGCCAGGCAGGAAGGCCAGCAGGCAGGCAGACAGCCAGGGGCCUCAGAGCAGACCACAGUGCUGCUGGUGGGGCGGGCUGUUGGUAAACUGGCCUCCCUGACUCAAGCAAAGGGGCGGCCAUGUUGGUUCCUCAGAACAAGGGGGCCCCGCUCCACCUCAGCCAGGUUAAUCAAUGGAUCUGUGAUUUGAAACGAUACACUAUUUAAAAAAAAACAACAACAACAAAAUAAACAGAAGGCACACCGACAUUCCCGAGCUCUGUGACUCCAGGAGGGCUGUCCCUUCUCCCUCUUCCCCUCAUCGCCCUCCACUUACCUCCCUGUGCUGCUUCAAAACUGGAGAAUUGACGAUCGGUCUGGGGAAGCGCCACCUAAUGGAGAUGCGUGGUCAUAGUGGACUGUGAAGUCGUCAACUGAGAUACACAAAGGUGGUUUGUAUGUGUGUAUGUGGUCUCCGUGUUAUGCAAGAGUGAAAAGUGUUCUAGCUAGGUAUCCGUAGAUUGAGUAUUUAUGAGUCGCCGCUUCCUCGGCGGGAGCUGCGGCUGCCACGAGAGAAGACAGGCGGCGUGGAACUUGACGUCGAGGUCGGCGUGUUUUCCGCUGCAGACUGUAGGAAGUUCUGCAGAUCCACGGGACGUCCUGCAAACAGACCUGUACGUGUUAAACGGAUUGCGCGCCAUGUUUCAGCGUGGUGCUAUCCCUACCACUGUCACACAACGCUGCUGUCUAACCCCCCCCCCCCACUUUUCAAACACACACAGACACACACUCGCAUCUGUAUUCCUUUCCCUUUGCUCUCUCCACUAAAACAUGUCUAACAAGGAAGCACUACAGCAUGGAGAGCAAAUGUUUUUGAAGGCAGACUUGCAGGCGAAUGGGAGCGUAUGGAAAAGUACACGAGACUGUGUUUUUGUUUUCAUAUUUCUUUCUCCUUCCCCAAUGUGUGCUGUUGUUGAUCAUGUUGAGUGUACAAGUAUAUGGUGAAAAGUAGCCAGCGCUAGUUGCUGUGUGCCAUUUUUAAAAGAGAAAUUUGUUUUGUUUUAUUGUUUUGUUUGUUUGUUUUUUUUUGGGUGGGGGGGGUUUCCACCUCUGCACCUGGCCACAACGUCUCCCUUCCUGCGUGGCACCAUCGACCCACACUGUCCCGCAUCAUCGAUCCAGUCAUCAUGCCUCUAGAUCUUCUUUAAUUUUGCAGUCCACUUUAAAAGGUCCAUUUAAAAGAUUGUAUUUUUAUUAAUCUAUUUAAAAAAAAAAUAAUUGAGGUAGAGGUUGGUGCCUCCACAGUGGAACAAACCCACACAGUUUUAUACACAUAGAUUUUGUUGUGCUUGACUAGACACCAUUUUGUAUGGUUUUCGUCUCCUUCCCUCACCCCCGUUACCCUGCUUCAAUAUCUGUGUAUAACAGUCUGUUCUUAUGUAAAAAAAAAUGAUAAUGUAAAAAAAAUGCUAGAGGAGAAUUGUGGAAAUAAAAGUAUGUGAAAAUAGUGUU